UUUAAAGGGCAGGUCCGCAUCAGCAAAUGUGAGACUACAGAAUCUCAGCCAAAGACAGAGGAUGACACUGGAAUGAAUUUAGCAGCAGCACAAAAUACAUUUUGGAUCAAGAUGAAAAUAAUAACAGUAGUGAUUUUUCUCGUAUUACAUCUAGCAAACUGCUUUGCACAGUCAGCAGGAAACUUUCUAAUAUAUAAUGUGGAUUAUAACAAAUGCAUGACCAGCUCCCUGGAACGGCUUGCCACCUGUGACCCAUACAGUAACCCACUACAGUUUCGCUGGACUUCAAAGAAUCGAAUUUUGAACACUUUCACAAAGAAAUGCCUUGGAGUAGGAAGUAAAACAGUGGGCAAAAAACUGCAGUGGCUGAUUUGUGAAGAUGACAGUGUUCUGCAGAAGUGGGAAUGCCACAGUGAUACAUUGCUUGGCCUAAAGAAUGAGUCUCUGUACCUGGCUGUAAAUGAUAAUGGUGUGCCAGUGAUCUCUAAAGACACUGGAGCGAAGAGCAAAUGGACAAUUCAUAGAACACUAUACGGCAUUUGCUCUAAGCCUUAUGAAGAAUUGUACACCAUUGGUGGGAAUGCUUUUGGGCGCCCAUGCCAAUUUCCUUUUCUUUAUGAGAAAAAAUGGUAUGCAGAUUGUACCAAGGUUGAUACACAAAAUCAACGUCUAUGGUGUUCCGUUGAGACAGACUACAGUGUUAAUCAGCUGUGGGGCUACUGCCCAACACCUGACAAUGCUUUCUGGGCCAAACAUCCUCUGACAAACGUCUAUUACCAAGUGAAUAGUGGGUCGGCCCUGACAUGGUACCAGGCUAGAAAGAGCUGCCAGCAGCAAGGUGCGGAGCUGCUGAGUGUCUCUGAACCUCACGAACACACCUUUGUAGCAGGAAUUGUCCAGACGACUCAAAAUACACUAUGGACAGGACUCAAUAAAUUAGAUGUAACCAGUGGAUGGCAAUGGAGCAAUGGACAGCCGUUACGCUAUCUGAAAUGGCUCAGUGGAUUCCCAACCACACAACCAGGCUACAGUUGUGGUGUCCUGAGAAAUGCUUUUGGUUCUGAAUGGUCAAAUGAGCCUUGUUCUGAAAAACAUGGAUAUGUCUGCCAAAGAGGCCAUUCUGUUCCAACUCUUCCACCAGUGGUGGACACUGGUUUUUGCCAUAGCCCCUGGAUUCCAUAUUCAGGCAACUGUUAUCUCCUUCAUCGCAAUAAGCAAACAUGGCUGGAGGCGCGAGACUCCUGUCUGCGGGAAGGAGGAGACCUGCUGAGUAUUCUCAGCAAAGAAGAGCAAAGCUUUGUCAUCACACAGCUUGGAUACUUGAAAACAGACGAGCUGUGGAUUGGUUUCAAUGACCGUAAAACGCAGAUGCUGUUUGAGUGGAGUGACCAGUCUAGCAUCCCAUUUGCCUCAUGGGAAGUGAGGGAGCCGAGCCACAGUGCUGUCUAUGCAGAGGACUGCGUGUUAAUGAGAGGAGAGGAGGGAAAGUGGGCAGAUGAUAUUUGUGAAAAUAAGAAUGGAUUCAUCUGUAAGAAGAAGGCCAGCUCUAAAGCCUCGAAUAAUGACACAGCUGUCACAAGCCCGGGAUGCAAAACAGGUUGGACCAGGUAUGGGUACUACUGCUACAUGGCAGGAUCCGAGACUAAGACCUUUGAAGAAGCAAAACAGAUGUGUGCAAAAGCUGAUUCUCAACUGGUUGAUAUUUCAUCCAGAGUAGAAAAUGCAUUCCUUGUUAGUCUAGUUGGAGCUCGACCAGAGAAGUACUUCUGGAUUGGAUUGUCAAAUCAGAGGGAUCUGCACACUUUUGAAUGGACCAACACUAAGGAAGCCUCAUAUACUCAUUUCAACGCUGGGAUGCCAGGAAGAAAACAAGGCUGUGUUGCCAUGACGACUGGACUUGUUGCUGGGCUUUGGGAUGUGCUCAGCUGCUCAAAUAAGGAAAAAUACAUCUGCAAGCAGAAAGCCGAUGGACUAGUUACAACUCCAGCCCCACCAACCACACCUGCUUUGGCCUGUCCCGAAGACUGGACGCCACUUUUGUCUAGAGACUUCUGUGUCAAGCAUUUUAAUGUACCUAUGAGCCAAAUGAAGACUUGGGAUGAAGCUCUUGACUUCUGCAGAGAGCUUGGUGGUGAUCUCCUGAGUAUCCAUCAUGAGGCUGAUAUUCCUUGGAAACAAGGAGGAGUGGAUCCAGCAUGGAUUGGUUACAGAAUGUACGAUCCCGCUGUGGGUUUUGUUUGGAGUGAUGGUUCUUCGUCAUCCUAUCAAAGCUGGACUAGUGAUGAACCAAACAAUUUGAACAACAUUGAAAAUUGUGUUGAAAUGAGAAUUUCAAUUUGGGACCGUGAUGGAGCAUGGAAUGACAUAAACUGUCAAGACAGAACGAACUGGUACUGUCAGAUCCGAAAAGGAAAGAUACCAAAGGAAGUAAAUAUUACAGAUCCAGUUUAUAAUGAAACAGAGGAUGGCUGGAUUCAAUUCAAAGGUAGCCAGUACUAUGCGUCUCAGUACUCGGCACUUUCUAUGCACGACGCUCGGACAUUCUGUAAGAAAUCACAUGGCGAUCUUGUGGUUAUCAAUGAUGAGGACGAGCGGGUGUUCCUUUGGCAUCAGGCUAAAAAUUCGGACAAUGAUUUUAUCAUUGGUUUGACAGUUGAUCUGGAUGGGACUUACCAGUGGAUAGAUGGGUCCCCAGUAGUGUUUCAAGCUUGGGAAACAAAUCAGCCUGCUUUUAAAAACAGUGAGGAAAGAUGUGUGAAGAUGACCACAUCUCAAGGACUCUGGGAAACUAUUAACUGUGGUGAUGAAUAUACUUUUUUUUGUAAGCGAAGUCAGUCACCUCCAGUGAAUGCCACGGUGGCCCCUUCACAAGAGCCAAAAGGAGGCUGUGCUCCUGAGUGGAAAAGCUUCAAAGGAAAAUGCUACAACAUGAAAGAAGACAUGAAAACAUGGACUGAAGCGAGAGAAUACUGCAGAGAGCUUGGUGGAGAUCUGGCAUCAAUUAUGAGUAGACAACAACAAGCCUUUUUAAGCACAUUGAUUAGAGACAAAACCACAGACUUCUGGAUUGGAUUCAGUAAUUUGGCAAGCGGGGGGUUCAAGUGGACAGAUGGGAGUACAGUUACAUUCACCGAGUGGGCCAAAGGAGAACCUCAAACCUAUUGGCAUUCAUACUAUUGGACAAAAUUUCGCUCUUCGGAUGAACAGGAAUGUGUUUUUAUGGACAAAACGUCAAGCUCUGUCUUUGGCAAGUGGGUGGCAACUGACUGUAAUUCGACUCACGGUUUUAUCUGCAGUCGUGAUGUUGAUCCUGGUAUUGCCCCCGUGCCUACUGAAGUUCCUAAAACCUUUGUCAAUCUCGGAAAUUCAUCUUUCAAAGUGAUUCAAGAGAAUCUAACGUGGAGUGAGGCAAACCGUCGCUGUGAGGCAGAGGGGGCUCAUUUGGCCAGCAUUCGGGAUUUGAUAACACAGGCUUACCUUGAGUUGCAGGUCUAUAGGUCCAAACAGCCCAUGUGGAUUGGUCUCAACAGUGCACAGACACAUGGAUAUUUUCUAUGGGCAAAUAACUGGCCCAUGAAUAUGGAGAAAUGGGCACCUUCUGAACCACGGCCCAACCGCCCUUGUACAUACAUGGACAUGGAUGGAGAAUGGAAAACAACUCUCUGCAAUCAAACCUACUACAGUGUCUGUGAGAAAACAACAGACAUUCCCCCAACCGUUCCAGCACAGCACCCUGGGCACUGCCCACAUGAAGAUGAUGACAGUCCAGUGAGGUGGAUACCUUUCAAAGACAGCUGCUAUGCUUUUGUGACGGACAUGCAAUCGUGGAGCAAAGCAGCUAGACUCUGUAUGACAUGGGGUGCAUCUCUUGUCAGCAUUAAGGAUGAAGGGGAACAGAAGUUUAUAGAGAACAACAUCAUGCUCCUUGAAAGUUACAAAGACUUUUGGAUUGGGCUUUUCCAAACCCAGAAAAGUCACUGGUUAUGGUCAGACAAUACCGUGGUAGAUUACACUAACUGGGCAGCUGUGAACGAUUAUGAAGAUGACUAUCAAGACCAUUAUUGGAAUAAUGACUGCGCAUUAAUCUCUACCAAAACUAAAAAAUGGAAAAAACAGCAUUGUGAUUACUCAGUCUUAUCAUUUAUCUGCAAAACUGCCAAAGUAAUAAGUCCUACCAUUAAGGACCCACAAGAAGGUCCUGAACCUCACAAGGUCAAUACGGGUUUGGCUGUGUUCUUGAGUAUUGCAGUGAUUGGCAUAUUGGGAGCUCUAGCUUUCAUGUACUACAGAAAUUCAAAAAGACGGUUAUUGCCUACAUUUGAAAAUCCCAUGUAUAAUAACAGAGAUGCUGCUUAUUCAUAUAGUAAAGAUGACAAAUCAUUGAUUGGCAACAUUGAGAUAGCUGAAUAGAACUGUGUUUUAUAAUGUCCAAUUACUUGUAUAUAUGUAAGAGAUGGUCAGGCGGUUAUUAUCUUAAAAUAAUAAUAAUAAAAAAAAAACAAUGACAGAGCUCAUCAGGUUUAUUUUGCGAUAAU